CUCUCAAACAAAUAAAAGAAAUAUACAAGACGUAGAGAUGUUUGAUAUGGAACUACGCUUGCAGAUGUUGCUUUGCUUGUGCUUGCCAGGAGUGUGCACAUUGAUUUUGUAUUGGUAUUAUAUCGUUUGGUUGAAGCCACAAAGUAUCCUUAGAAAGCUGCGGCAGCAAGGAAUAGUAGGCCCUCCACCUUCAUUUCUCUUUGGAAAUUCUAAGGAAAUAAAGAGGCUUCAAAUGGCAGUAAAUUCUCGAGGAGGACACGAAAUAAAGCAUGGAUAUACUCCCACGGUGUUUCCAUACUUCGACAAAUGGAGGAAAGACUAUGGUCCAGUAUUUAGCUACUCGGUCUGCAAUGUGGUCGCCUUGCAUCUCUGCCAGACAGAUUUAAUUAGGGAAAUAAGCCUUUCUUCAUCUUUAAGCUUGGGAAAGGCUUCUCACCAGAAGAAGACACAUGAACUUCUCUUCGGUCAAGGCAUUCUAAAGUCCAGUGGAGAAGUUUGGGCUCGCCAAAGAAAAAUUUUGGCACCAGAAUUCUUCUCUGACAAAGUCAAGGGGAUGGUGGAUUUGAUGGUAGAUUCUGCAAGUUCACUGUUGGCGUCAUGGGAGGAAACGUUGCGUGGGCAAGGAGGAAGUGUAGAAAUAGAAGUAGAAGAGGAGUUGAGGUGCUAUUCGGCAGACGUUAUUUCAAGAACAUGUUUUGGCAGCGAUUAUGUCCAAGGGAAGGAUAUCUUCUUGAAGUUGAGAGAACUCCAAGAGAAUGUUUCAGCAUCAAAUAUUUUUUCUGAAAUGUUUGGUUUAAGAUUUCUACCCACAAAACAAGCCCGGGAAGCGCGGAGACUAAACGAAGAAAUUAAGUCCCUGAUCACGAAAACAGUGGUGAGGCAGCGGGAAGUCGAUGGAGGCGAGCAGAAGCAGCAAAACUUGCUGCAAGCCAUCAUAAGAAGCGCCGGCAGCGACGAAGCUAGUAGCUUCGUGGUGGACAACUGCAAGAACAUUUACUUUGCCGGCCACGAGACGACGGCCGUCACCGCCUCAUGGUGCCUCAUGUUGCUGGCUCUGCACCCGGAGUGGCAGGGACGGGCGCGAGCUGAGGCGGUGGAGCUCUGCCGCCGUGGGCCGCUGGAGGCCACUUCCCUUCACAAGAUAAAGAUCUUAACCAUGGUGAUCCAAGAGACGCUGAGAUUGUACCCACCUGGAGCCUUUGUGGCAAGAGAGACGCUGCAAGACAUGGACUUUGGAGGCAUUCACAUCCCCAAAGGAGUGAAUAUCUUUAUUCCAGUCUCCACUUUGCAUCAUGAUCCCACCAUUUGGGGGUCCGAUGUGCUUGAAUUCAAGCCGGAGAGGUUUUCUGGAGGUAUCCUUAAAGCUUGUCGACUGCCACAUACAUACUUGCCCUUUGGAUUGGGCCCUCGAACUUGCCUCGGCCAACACUUUGCCAUGGUUGAGCUGAAGGUUAUACUCUCACUGUUACUUGUUAAGUUUAGCUUCACAUUAUCGCCAAACUACCGCCACUCUCCCAUCUUAAGGUUGAUUGUAGUGCCUGAAUUUGGAAUGCAGCUUCUAUUGAAGAAGGCUUGAAAAAACACAAAAAAUUUUUAUGCGUAUCUUGUUGAAGAUUGAGGUAGAUUUCAAAUUCACGUCAAUCAUAAGGAAAGCGUAUAAAUAAUUGAUUUGCAUAUGGCCCAAGGAUUAUAAUUAAAAA